GCCUAUGAAACCAAAGCAUUGACCUUUCUUCUACGCAGAAUCAAACCUAUACGUAUAAAUUCUUAAACGAUAAAACGAAUUCAGAUAAGGGGUUUAUCAAUGGUAAGCAUUUACCUGAUUUCUUCUCGCAGUUUACUCUAAUGGCAAAUCCUUACAGAUCCAGGGAAGGUCUUAGUGCGAGAACAGUGGGGAAUUCUGAUGAGGUUCAAGUGAGAAUCGAUCCAGUGCAUGCGGAUCUAGACGAAGAAAUUUUGGGUCUUCACAAACAAGUCAGCCAGCUUAAAAAUGUGGCUCAAGAAAUUGAAACAGAAGCUAGAAUUCAAAAUGACCUUAUCUCUGAUUUGCAAAGGGUGGUGACCGAUGCUGAAGCAAGAGUGAGGAGUGGCAUGAGGAGGUUAAACAGAACUAUCGUCCAGCAGAGAUCAAAUCAUGUCUUACAAUUAAUCAUUUUUGGACUAGUUUGUUUUACUGUAGUGUAUUGGUGGUCCAAGCUUUUUAAAAGAUAGAGAUUUUUCUAUAAUAACCAUAGUUAGUUGCUAGUUGCAACUAGCAUACGCCUUUCUGUCUUCUGUACGACUGCGUUUUGCAAAGUUGGAUCACAUGUUCACUGUAUUGUAUAUAAAAUAGGAUAAGGUAUCUCUUUGAAGGAAAGAAAGGAAAGAAAGUCUGUUAGUUUUUUGCUGAAUAAGAGAUUUUUCUUUAUGAAGUAUGCCCUUUUGUUGGCCCUCCAA